AUGGGGGGGAAACCACUUCCAGCCCUUCCAGCCAUCGGGCAUCCACACUCUCAUUCAAACUCCAGCUCGGCACUAACGACUCUCUCUAUUGAUGCACGCGCCCAUCGCGGGUUGUUCAUCCGGUACAUCCUUUCAUCGGAACCGGAGGUAGGACUGAAGGAGGGGAAGGACAGUGGAACAAAUCAAGGACGGGAUGACUCGAACGAGAAAGAAGCAUGGGCAGCUGCUCUUGAGGAUGCCCUAGACGGCCUCAGCGAUGCCGUAACGCGGGGCAAGUGGCUAGCCGGUAUCAGGAGGAGGAGGCGACGGACCCCGCAAUCACAAGCGCUUUCGAGAACACAUUCCAACGCGGAAUCCGACGACUCUAAGGUGCUUGCUGAAAAGGUUGUCUCCAGCAGUGCUACCGCGCGAACCGCGUCGGCAUCCUCAAGUCUCUCGUCCUCUUCUCAAGGCACUCCGACCACUCCUGCCGCUCCUGUAUCGUUCCCUACAGACGCUGCAUCUUCCGCGCUGCAUCAGAUCCGUGAACUCGUUUCUCAACCUGAUAUCCCAAACCCGAAUCCUGUUCCAAAGCAUCUACUGUUAUGUGUUGCGCCGCAGGGGCAAACCACGCCUCGCCUUCCAAGAGAGGACGUUGGUUUCGAUAUCAUUCCAUCUGCGCACCCGAACGUGGGAUGCACCUUUACUGCCGCAGUAUUUGUCAUGCCUAGGGAAAUUGAUCAUGGCAUGGCGACGAACGAUUCGGCAACGAUACUGUAUGGGCUGGCCGAGUGGGAUUCUAGUCAGUUACCAUUCCUGCUCAUUCGACACAUUCUCAUAGCACACAGCCUCUGUGCAACCAAAUACGAAGUUGGUUGGAGGGACUUUCACAUUUGCGGGCGUCACGUCGCCGUUGCAACACCACGCAUUGAGCAAAGUCCUGAGACUAUCAGUCUAUAUGCAUCUUUCUUUAAUGCUGGAGCAACAUCUUCUAUCCAAUUCCGGGGUGGCGAUUACAUUUCCUGCACCGAAGCCGCGAGUGUCGAUAAGCACGGAACCAUCGCCGGCACCUCAGCAGAAUUCUCAGACCCCCGAAAGCGUAUCUUCUCGCAGCAGCCGCCGUCAGAACAACAUUCUUCCGGGCAUCCUGUCUUUCUUUUCCAAGAAGAACUCGUUGCAUCGAAGUCACUCCAUCGCUUCUACUCACCGGAGCGGGAUGUCGCUCGAUCUUUCGGCACCAGAUAUCUCUCCUCCUCUGCAGGAAUCCGUGUUCCUCCGCCACGGUUGAUCGCGGAUCUGGCCGAACGCGAGCAGUUGGCACCCGGGCGACGUCUGAAAGGCGACGAGAAAGCCGGGUUGUCGAGUAUCCUGGGUUGGGAUCCCAGGGAACGCGAUCGAGAAACCCGAGGCAAGGCUCUGUGUGGGUCACGUGGCUUUGCGAGGAUGCAGGAGCUCAGCGCGCUCGUAUCCAGACACGUGCCAGCAUCUAGGGAAGACCAAGAUGGUGAAUGCUCCCAGCCCGUCUUUGCAACUUGCGAUCAGCCAAAGUGGACCACAUACCGGCAUUAUUCGAGGCAUGAUGUUGACCAAAGCUUGGGCGAUUCAGUGCGCAGCUUGGCUGCCAGUGCAGCAGAUCCGUGCCAGAAGCCCGGCUGCUCUUGGAAGCAGGGUGAUCAUGUGAUGCGUCUGGUCCACGGUGGGAUGCGCGUUGACGUCAAAGUUCAAGAGAGCACGGGUGACCGUGACGAGAUUGAGUCGUGGCUCAGCUGCUCGAUAUGUUACAGUCGGUCAGAGAAGACCGAGAUGAACGAUGGGGCACAAUUGUAUUCAUUUGGGAAGUUCAUUGAACUGCUCAUCUACUCCCCAGCAUUGUGCAGGCCAACACCGUUUCUGUGUAUUCACACUACUCCCUCAAAGGAUGACAAGGAGAUUCUACCGAUCUCCCGCCUGUACAUUGUCCGGCAUUUCCAAGUUCAGAAUCGCACCGUGUCGUUUUCGCUUUCUAUGAUCGAUGAUAUCUUCGAAGUCCGUGUUCCGAGGCUACAGAUCACGCGUAAAUUCGGGGACAAACUUGGCAAGCACGACUCACAGUCGACAACUACGUCUGUGAUGGUCAACGAUGCUGAUGAUGAGAAGAGAACGCUGAGAAGGGAGAUCAAAGCGUGGUGGGAGGGGAUCGCUGAUCACAUGGACCAACUGGAAACUAGUUUGAUGGGCAGCACACUUGUCGGAUUCCGAAAGGCUUUGCCUCGAUUACCCUCUGUGGACGAUGCAUACGACGACUCUGCUAGCGAGGCGGAAACAGAGGAUGAAUUAGACGCCCUGACACCGAGGACGAAUAAACCUUAUCCCAUCACCGGGCUCCCUCCUAGCGCCCCAACCACUCCGCAGAUCUCUCGGGCAGCCCAGGAGUACUUCCCUGACUCUGUACCUUCCUUCAGCAGGGCUGCAUCCGACCCAGUGCCGUUACCUGCUUCGGCGUUGAUCGCACCGGGCGCUGAUCCCAUCGAAGUGCUCGGUACGAUGCGGCAGACAUUCCACCGCACGGAGCAGGAUCUGUAUAGCAAACUGGGUACCACGCCCGUCUCUUCCUUGAAUGACGUCCGGCGUACAUUCUUGGGCGCUGCGAGAGGUGCCGAGAAGAGGCUGAUGGCGUGGCAAACGAAACAUAUUCCUGGCAGAGGCAAGAGGAAGGUUCAGCCGAAGAUCCAGUCGGUUGAACCCGAGUGGUGGAACAGAACGUGUCAUGUUGCACCCGGGUGCGAUGUAAUCAUUAGGGAAGAUGACUGGGGAAGCAUCAUUGCGUUUGCGAUGAGCACGGCGGAUUAUAGACAAGAACUAGCAUCUAUGUACUAUAUCAAGAACAACUCAACCUCAGCUGCAGCGGCCGCAGCAGCAGCAGCACUAACUCCCCCCAUAAUCGCACCCUCAUCAUCAUCAUCAUCCUCGUUCUUCUCUGCCAAACUUUUCGCCAAUCAUCAUCUUGCAGAACCGGAUCCAGACGUUGAAGGCACGGUUUGGUAUGAGCCAGAAGAAUAUUCGGCCGUCAUUUCGCGCAAAGAGCAUCCCCGAGAUGCGACGUCCCUGCUCUCUCUCCGCGAGGUCUUGCGGCAAAAGUCUCCAACACUGGAUGGCGCGUCUCUCGUCAACACCGUUAUUCCCGGGGGGUCCCGGUUUGGAAGCCUGGGAAGUGCAGCUACGAAGGGGUCUUCUUCUGUCUCAAAGGCCUCAGGCUCGUCUCUUGCACCACCAUCGGCAUGGUCUAAGCCAGAUGUCCCACAAAUCACCCGCCACGAAGCGGGCGGCGAGGUUAUUCCCCUCGACAGCGAGACAGCGGGAAAGAUUCUGCAGGAAAUUGAUGCGGCUUCGGUGUCGGAUGGUCAUUCGACUUCGAGUUCUCGGCCAGGGUCCUCCAUGUCUGGUAGCUUUCUGGCCUUCGGCGAUACGCACAUCCGCCGAGGGAAGGCUGCCAGCAUCAUUUCAGUCGACAGCGACCAUACCAUUGGCGGCAAAGAGGAUAAGGAGAGGGAUAGAGACCAGGAUGAACGAACGGAGCCUCAAGCUGAUCUAUCGACAGCAUCGCCUUCGACCUUCACAAACACGCUGACCAACGGGCUUUCUAGUGCGAUGCGAUACAUGCUGAAGAACAGCGAGAUCCCGCGUCCCUCGAUCUUCUCCAAGAACCACCACGGCCUGCUUGCCCCUGCCGAUGCAUUUGCGAUUGACGAGCGACCCCACAUCAAAUACGAUUGGACUGUCGGGAAACGACUCAAAUUCAGCUGUACGGUGUAUUACGCGAAGCAGUUUGACAGUCUCCGCAAACGGUGUGGGAUCGAGGAUGUCUUUGUGAAGAGUCUUUCGCGGAGCGCAAAUUGGGCUGCUGAAGGCGGCAAGAGCAAGUCCAACUUUUGGAAGACGUCGGACGACCGUUUUAUCAUCAAAACAUUGGUCAAUGCUUGGAAUGUCGCCGAUUUGCAAGUCUUGAUUGAGCUCGCGCCGUCAUACUUCAAAUAUAUGGACGCCACAGCAAGCAAGGCGACGGUGCUCGCGAAACUCAUUGGUUUCUAUACAAUCGAAAUUCGAAAUCUGGAAACAGGGAACGUCCAGUCCAAAGCUGAUCUGCUGGUCAUGGAGAAUCUGUUCUAUCAGCAGACCGUCGACAAGACCUUCGAUCUCAAAGGCAUCCAGGGGCGCAAAGUCAAGUCCACGGGGAGCAAGACCUUGUUCGACGGGGAAUGGAUCGAAGGUCAACAGCGCACGCUGACACUGGUCCAACCGCAUUCCAAAGCCGUAUUGCGGGAGGCCAUUAGAAGCGACGCGGAGUUUCUGGCGAGAAGCAAUAUCAUGGACUACAGUCUACUGCUUGGAGUGGAUAAGGAGAGGAAGCAGAUUGCUUGCGGGCUGGUCGAUACCAUCGGCAGUUAUACCUUUGCCAAGACACUGGAGUACAAAGCGAAGCAAGGACUGAACUCUGGGAAGGAGGUGACUGUCAUCCCGCCCACAGAAUACCAGGAGCGGUUUGUCAGUGCACUGGACGGGUACUUCCUUGCUUGUCCAGACAAGUGGUCCCGCCCGGCGGAUGAUAGACAAGUCAUUGAUGAUCCAUGGAUGCUGCCCAGUGUAUUGUAG